AUGUCCUCGAAAGAUUCAGACCUCCCGCUGAAAGAUGACAAAGAUGCACUCGACUCUCUGGAGGCCGAGUCCAAGGAGUUUGACAAGGAUGCCGAGAUAGACCGUAUCUUGAAGGCCUUCCGACUAGAUGCCUACGCCGUUCUUGACCUGCAACCGGGUGUACCCGAGUCCGAUAUCAAGAUUACAUACCGCAAGAAAUCGCUACUAAUCCACCCGGACAAGACCAAGAACCCUCUAGCCCCCGAUGCCUUUGAUCGGUUGAAGAAGGCUCAGACCGAGCUGAUGGAUGAAAAACAUCGAGAGCGACUUGACGAGGCCAUUGCCGACGCCCGUAUGCUGCUGAUCCGCGAGAACAAAUGGACUGUUGACAGCCCGGAGCUCAAAACCCAGUCAUUCGCCAAGAAGUGGCGCGACAAGACGCGCGAGGUCCUUAUCGAGAACGAGGUGCGCCGUAAGCGGCAGGCGAAAGCCCAAUUGCAGGAAGAAGGCCGCGAGCAGCGCAAGGUCGACGAGGAGCUUGACGCCCGCAAGCGCAAGCGUCAGCAUGAGCAAGACUGGGAGGCGACCCGCGACCAGCGCAUAGACAGCUGGCGCCAGUUCCAGAAGGGCAAAUCAAGCGGCGGCGACGAUGGCAAGAAAAAGAAGAAGAAGCUCAAGCCUAUCGGCUGA